AAGUAGAAGCACUCUGCCAGCAGCAGUCGAGAGGAUUUAUUGUUUUCUUAUUUUAGAUGAAAGUGGUCUUUUUUUUCCUCCCCCCCACUCCAGCCCCUCUUUAUCCAGAGAGAGUACAAAAGGAACCACUUGUGGGAGGGGUUUGGGGAGAGACACAAACUUUAAUGGAAGGAGGAGAAUUUGCAGACAGACGGGACACUUUGUAGCGGUCAACUCGUGAGUAAAGCUACAGAAUGGCAGUGCACAGGACAAAGGCUGAGGCCUUGGUGAAAUGGGUUAACAGUCUUAAAUUGUCGGAAGAAAUAGAAAGUCUGUCGAGUCUCCAUGAUGGUGUCAUCUUCAUCAAAAUGGUGUGCAGGAUAACUGGAAAGGAAAACGCCUCACAGCUAAUUGAAGAGCAAUCCAUUGAGGAGAGAUUUCAAUUUAUCUGCAACUUUUUAGAAUGUUCUGAAGUCCAGAAGAGUCAGCCAGACCUGUGCAGGUACAAACCUGCUGCUGGAAGUGUGAUUUCCUGGCAGAAGAUCUUGCAGGGAGAGGAUGUGGAACUUGAGAUGGCGAAGGUGGUUGUUCUCCUGCUCCAUCUCCACACCAUGGCCAAGCAAAACCUAUGGGAGUUUGAAUCUCUUGACAUAGACACCCAGGGUGAACUUGUGGGAAUGCUUCGCUAUGUUCUCAACAACGAAGAAGGAAUUUAUUUGGAUAAUAACUUGGCCACGUUCUUGCGGAGUCGAGCCUCGUCUCCAGUCGCCCGUUUAUUCGGCGCCAGUUCAGAUGAGACUAACUCGCCACCAUUCUGUGGGAAAACUGGAGGGCAAAAAACAAAAUUCCUGACCUCCAGUGUGUACAGUUCUGCACCGUCUAACUCUCCUACAUCACCAAUGCGGGACUUCAUGCAGACCCCGUUAGUCCAGAUGCGGCGGAUGAAGAAACAGCUUGCAGACGCUCGAACACUUCGUGACGACUUGGAGAUCGAGCUGACUGAGGCCCGCAAGCUGGUUACCGAGCAAGAAACCCAGAUCUCUAUUAUGCAACAGAAGAUCGAGAAUCUCGUGAAGCUGACCGAGAAACAGGCCAGCGAGGAGGAGCCUGAUGAACUCCGUAAUCUGAGGGAUAAAAAUGAAAGUUUGUUAAACCGACUCCGUGAUUCUCAGAAACAGUGCCAGGAUCUGAAGACCGAGAAAAGCCAAAUGGAGAGAAAAAUCGAUAAACUUGAAGAAGAAAACGGAGACAUUUCCUACAAGGUUCGUGACUUGAGCAGUCGUCUGGCUCAGUCCCAGAAGGCGCUGGAUGAGCUGGCGGACGAGCACGAGGCAGCUGUACCCCUUUGGGAAGGAAAGCAAAAACAACUGGAGAGUGACCUCCACAUGACUCUGUCAGAGAAGAAAUUGAUGGAAGAAAAAGUACAAAUCCUGGAAGGAAAGGUCUCCAUGAUGGAGGAUCAGCUGAAGGCAGCUGGGGAAAGCUCCACUGAGAUGAAAGGAGAGGUCAUGGGUGACGUUCUCCAGUUAGAAGCCCUCAAAGCAGAAGUGUCACAGCUGACGGCCAAAGCUGCAGAACUGGAGCAAGAGAGCACGCUUCACAAGGAGGGGAAAAGCCAACUUGCCGAGACUGUCAGCAGCCUCCAGCAGUCCAUCAACGAACUGGUUGAUCAGAAGGAUCUGCUCGAGCAAGCUGCACGGGUUCAGGAGGAAAGGCUGACUGGGCAGCUGGAUGCCUUGAAUGUGGAGAUCAUGAAGCUGAACAACUCCUUGAUGCAAAGGGACCUUGAACUGGAAGAGGAAAAGAAACUGAGGCGCCAGCUGGCCGACGACUCUCAAAGCAAAGAGAGGGCAGCCCAGCAAACUGUUCUUGAUCUCGACUCCAAGGUAGAGACACUCAGUGAAGCCCUGAAGGCAAAAGAAGAGGCACUGCACACUCUUGAGAGAGAGGUGGGAGCCGAGCGAGAGAGUGCAUUGAAGCAAGUGGCCGCGCUGAAGGAGGAGUCUGAGAGAAUUUGUAACGAGAAGGCUUCUCUCGUCACACAGUACGAGACAUUGAAGGCUGAGAAGGAGGCAGAACUGGAGUUGCUCACUCAGCAGAUUCAGGCUUUGAAAAGUAAUCAGUUGGACGUGGAAGACCUAAAGAGUGAGAGGGACACUCUGAUGCAGAAGGUACAAGUGUUGGGCACUGAAGUUGCGGAGGUGACCUCUAAAAACCAGAGUCUCCAAUCCGCCUGUGAAGCCCACAAGCAGACCCAUUCUGAAGAGGUUGCUGCUCUUAAGGCAAAACUGCAGGAGACUGAAGGCACCCUGGAGGAGCACAGGAAAAAAUUGGCUGGCCUUGACAUGUGCCUUAAGAAUGCCGAGACCCUCCAGGAGCAGCUCACUUCCUUGCAGGAGACUAUCAAAGAGCUGGAAAUUGAGAAGAAGCGAUGGGAAGAGGGUCGCACUCAGGACGCUGAGCGCCUUUCCCAAUUAGCACAGGAGGUGAAGGGGCUAACAGAGGAGCGCAAUCAAGCUAGAGCCCAGUUAUCUGAAGAACUGAAGCGCCAAGAGGUAGCUGGAGGGCAAAUGAAGCAGUCUAUGAAUGAAGAGAUGGCAAGAUCUGCCAAGCUGCAGAGUGAGCUUUCCGAUGCGCUGAGGGUGGUUGGGGAGAAGGAGAAGGAGGAAGAAAGGCUCCACGAAGAUGUUGCAUCAUGGAAGGAAAAGUUUGAGGCUGUUCAACAAAAGCAGCUUCAGGUGGAGGAGGUUAUUCUGGGCUUAAAGGAGGAGCGGGAAAAGGCCCAAGCUGAGCUGUUGGAAGAAAAGGCCAAGAGCGAUGGGCUUGAGAAGCAGAUAAGCCAGUUGAAUGACGAGGAGCAGAAGAAAGCCUCAGCGCUACAGAAGGAUCUUUGCGAUGCUCUCUCAAAAAUUAAGGAAAAAGAAGCAUUGGAGGACAAGGCCCGAGCUGAAGUGGUGAGCUGGCAGGAGAAGUAUGAGGCUGCUCAGAAGGAAGCAUCUCUGCGCCUAUCACAGGUGGAGGAGGAGGCCAGAGGAAACUCUAAUGAGCGAGACCGCAUCCAGAAGGAGCUUUCUGAGGCCAGGGCAAAAGUGGCUCGCCUUGAGGAGCAGAUGAACCAGACUGGCAGUGAGCAGCUGGACCGAAUCUCUGAGCUGGAGGCCGAUCUUGCCAAUGCGAGGCAGGCGGCGGGAGAGGAGAAGGCGCAGAGGUUGGAGCUAAGUGCAGAGGUUGGGGUGCUGCACAGCCAGCUGGUGGAGCUGAAGAAAGCCCAGUCCGAGGGCCUGGCUAAGGUGGAGGAAGAGCGGCACAAACUGUCGGAAGAGAAAGAUGCGGCCAAGGUAGAACUGGAGGCUGAGCGGGCAAGCAGGCUUGAGGCGGAGGCCAGGAUGAAGCAAUCGCUGAGCGAGCAACAGGAGCGCCUUGUGGUGCUGCAGCGUGAGAUCUCCAGCGCUCACACUGCCAGAGAGGAAAUGGAGGCCAAGGAGAAACUGAUGAGAGGUGAAGUUGAGAAAUGGCAGGAACAGAACAGGCACCAGCAAGCAAAGAUCCAUGAGCUCCAAACGGAAGCGUCAACCGUGAAGAACAUGAAGGAGAAGAUAGUCAGCCAGGAACGGGAGAUGCUCCGCUAUGCUGAGGUCCUGAGUAAGAAGGAGAAGGAGCUGUGUGAGCUUGGGUCUAAGCUGAAAGUGGGCGAGGAGGCUGUCCAACAGCACAAGCAGAGAGUGGAUUCUGCUGAAAAGGAACUCUCCAAAUCCCAUGAACUCUGCCAAGAAAGACUGAGCGAUAUUAAGGCACUUAAGUCGCAGCUGGUUGAGUUGGAGCGGAAAUGUGAAGGACAGCAGGGAGUCAUUGCCCAGCUGGAGACUGAGAAAACAGCGCAAGGCUCACACAGCCGAGAGCAUGUGACUGCUCUACAGGGUGAGCUGUCGUUGCUCCGUGGCUUGGUAAAGGAGAAAGAAUCGGUGGAAAGGGCCUUGAAGGAAAAGGUGGCCCUGCACCUGGAGGAACUCUCAAAGCAGAAAGAAAAGGUUCGGGUCCUUGAGCUGGAAAUCCCAACUUGGCAGCUGAAAUCUGUGGAAGGGCAGAAGGAAAACGCGAAGCUGAGGGAGAAAGUGGCUGCAGAGGUGGAAGCGAGUAGGAAGCUGCAGGAAACGGUGGAGGCCUUGAGGGUGGAGCAGGCCUCUGAGGCACAGAAGAGAGAGACGGCUGCAGAAGCCACCAAGCUCCGGAAUGCAUCCCUUAAAGAGGAGAUUGCCGCCCAAAAGCAGGCAGUUGAGAGUCUCCAGGAGGAGCUGGCUACCAGGAAGCGGGCAGAAGCAACUCUGGAGCAUCAGGCACAAGUAGACAGGGAGCAAUGCGCCCGCAAAGAACAGGAGUUGCUCCAGCUGCGUGGCGAGCUGGCAGAGGCCCAGGCUGCAAUGAGGGCAGCUGAGUCUCAGCGCCAGGGAGAGCUCAAGCAGCAGGAGAGGCUGCUGGGUGAGCUGAAGGCGGAAGCUGGACAGCUGCCGGGCCUGAAGGAGCGCUGCCAGGAGCAAGAGCGGGAGAUACAGCGGCUCCAACAGAGCAGCAGCCAACUGAGCUCCGAGUCUGGCCUGGCCCGCGGGAGGCUCGAGGCAGAGCUGGCCAAGGCCCGGGAGGCACACGCCAAAGAGCUGAGCCAUCUGACGGCCCGCCAUGCUGAGCAGGAGGCUGCCAGCAGGGCAAGGGAGGAGGACAGCAGGAAGAGAGCGGAAGAGGCGACCAGAAAGUAUGAGAAGGCAAAACUCACGGAGCUAGAUGAGAGGCGCAAGUCUCAAGAUGAGAAGCAAAAGCUGAGCGCCCAGAUUGCAGACCUGAAUCAGAAGCUGGCCCAGCAAGACACAACAGCUAAAAGUAAGCUGCAGAAACUCAAGGCGCGCGAUAGCGAGGCACAGGAGAAAUUGGAGCAGAAGGUAGAGGAGCUCAAUGCACAGCUCGAGAAGAAGGAGGAGGUUGUGCAGCACAUCAAGGCCCAGCUGGAUAAGGCAAAGACUCACUACGACAGCAAAAAGAUGCUGAACCUUGAGCUGACACAGAAGUUGGAGACCAGUGGGAAGAACAUCUCCUCCUUGGAACAGCAGCUCGCCACCGCGAAGCAGGAAAGCACGGAGCUGCGCGCCGAGUAUGAGCAGCUGCGCAAGGAGUUGCAGCAGUCGGUGAAGGAGUUGAAGGAGGCCACCGAGAAGAACAAGACCCUCUCUGCGCAGGUGGAAUUCGCUGGCCGGCAGCUGAGGGAACUCGAUAAGUCACGUCCGACCACCGGCGCGGUGAGAUCCCGCAGGACCUCCUCUCGAGCUGGAGAAUCGGAAGCUGAUUUCAGCAAGGACAGUAUCGAGCUGAGUGAUUUGGAGGAGACAACAGUGAUGUGGGAGAAUACAGGGGGCAGGAGGGGCAAAGCAGCUUUCAAGACCCCUGUCACAGCUCAAAAGGCAGCUGGAUCUCACGCUGCACAGAAACAGCGUGGCAGCCAAGAGUCCCUGGAGUCGCUAUAUUUCACCCCACUGCCCAGUCAGGGCCAGUCCAAACUGGACACCAGCCUCAGCUCCCUAGGGGACCUUAGUCUGGACUCAGCCAAGAAAACCCGUUCUGGGCGGAGACGCACAACUCAAGUCAUCAACAUCCUCAUGACAAAGAAGGAAACCGUUGAGUACGAGGAAGCCAGCACUUCGAACUCUUCAUUCUCAGGCAUCCAGGCCUCAGCCUCCCACCCGAAACUCCCGGGCCGACCUUCCCGGGGAGGCCGAAGGAACCGGCCCACCUCCGUCACCUCGCUGCCAACCAUCGACCGCUCCCUGUCCCAGGAUUCGCUGGACAGCAGCGGCAACACGGAGGACUUGGGGGCCGCUGCCCUGAUGAACCUGCCAGGCUACCGGCCUUCAACUCGGAGGUCCACCAGGCUGUCCACAUUCGGCAGCAUCGCCUCAAGUUCAAACACUUUGUACCCAGGAAGCUGUCAGGAUGAGCCCGAUCAGCUGGAGGAUUGGAAUCGGAUUGCUGAGCUACAGCGACGGAACGGUGUGUGUCCCCCACAUCUGAAGACCUCGUAUCCCUUGGAAUCCAACACUGCUACCAACGAAUCGAUGAUCACUGAGGACGAGCUGAGGCUCGGAGACCCUGAGGAGACUCUCCGACGAGCCACCCUCCUGCCCCAGCAGAUAAAGGAGAUGAGCACCGGCCGCCUGAAGAGGCUGUCCUCUGACUCCCGUGAGCCCAACUGGAAAGGAGUCACCACUCGCCAGCGCAAGCGCCUCUCCGAGGAGACACACCAGGGAUCGGGCACCCCUGAGGCCAAGAAGCAACUGAGCUGUUUUCCACGGCCCUUGACUCCAAAGGAAAAGGAGAAACGUGGCCACUCGCUGUUUGAGAGCCAAGCCAAGCGCCUGACUCAAAAUAAGGCCAAGAACCAGGACAAUAGACGCAAGUCGAUAUCUUACACCGUCUUGAACACACCCCGAAAGUUGGGCAGCACUCUGCUGAGGGGAAUCAAUAAGAGGGCAACUCCCAGCAAAACCCCCAAGAAAACCCCAAAGAAAUCACCCAGGAAAUCUCCCAAAUCAAAUUCUAGAAAGGAGGGUGGCCGACGCAAAAUGCUCAGGAACAUGAAGAUGUGAGUGUUGAUUGGAGGGCGGUUUAACAAGAUCCCUGAGCCAGGAACCUAACCCGCCCAGGACUGGAUGUUUGUGAAGACCCGUUCUGCCUGGACAACAAUCGGGCAAACUGCUGGCUUACUCUUUUAUUUUUUUAAUGAAACAAUUUGCCUUAAGAGUGAUUAACGAGGUCAGACUGAAUACCAUUCAGUGUAGAGUACAGUAGUGUUGGGAGGGUGAGUUAACUGACUCCCUGUUAUACGCCUGCCUCCUAGUUUUGAAUGCUCAUACUGGUUACUCGAGUAUUAGGAUCGCAGCUAAAACUUUCUAUCGAGCUAUAUUUCUUACAUCCUUUUGCAAGCCUUCCCUGUUGUAAAUUUUCCUAUUGGUGCUUUUGAAGCAGUUUUCUCCUUUUGAUAAGGCUGUACAGUGGCAGCAUUCGGCACUUCUCAUCGGCAGAAGGUGGGUUUGUGCGCGUGACUUAAUCAAAAAAAACAUACAAGUUGAGGCCCAGUGCCCUAAGCAGGGGGGGCGGUGGGGGCAGGGACCGAGUUUACCCAGCCUCGACUGGACCUCUGCCCCCCCGCCGCCCACCCCCAUAGCACUUUUUGAUCCCAUGCCCGAACUAGAGGAUUCCAAGAUGCCCUCACGCCACACACACCCCCACUCCCACACUCUGCCCUCGGGACUGAAAUUUAGCACUGCCACUGUAUGGUUUUAUGGAGUAUUCCUGCAGCUAGUUAGUUUGUAGCUGUCAAGCAUUGUGGCUGUACAGGUGACGAGGCUUGAGAACAGAGACCUGAUCUGGUAACCUGUCUUAAAGUGGAAAUGAGUGGCUGUCAGUUGUUUGGGCAUACCUGGAGGAGGGGGCAUCAACAACCUGACCCUUUUGAUCAGGCUCUUUCUGGCUGUUUUAUAUAAUUUUUUCACUCUCCUCUGCUUUUACUUUUCAUGCUCAGUUGAAAUUGCCGUGUGUGACUUUAGCAAAGAAAUACUUUGAAUAACUUUGUGCUGUAUUUAGGCGAGUGUUGAGCGCUGUUAAACUUGAGCAACCCUCCCCUGGCCCUGCUUUUUUUCAAAAAACCAUGAAACAGUUUCGCAGAGACCAGGCUGACACACUGGCUGCUGACAUCGCGCAGCUGGAUUCCAACCCCUCGUUUUCUGUGUGCGUGUGACCAGCAUCACAAGGGCAGUGGCUUCCCCCUCUUUAAGGCCGCUCUUGACCUUGGCUUCGCUUGCCUUUUGCCACCUUGUCCUCUCCCAGCUGUGCCCCAGAGAAUGAGACAGCCUGGCCUUGCCUUGCCAAGUCAAGAUUAGUUGAGAGCGAGCGAAAGUUGUUGAGCGGAACAGCUCGUGGGUUGGGGGAUUUCGUUUAGAUUAGCCUCACUCGGGAGACACAGCUCCUUGUGUCUGUAGUUAGUCGGUCAGACUUUGCUAAAAUAUGCCAUCCUUGACUCAAAAAAGUGAGGUUAUGUAGAACUUGCUGACAUUGAGAUUUAUGAUUGGGGGUAAGAAUGGAGAAGAAAUUGGAGGGGGACUUACAGGGAUCAGAUUCAGAUUGCAGCCUCUUUUUAUAUAUCCCCCCCGCCCCCCCUCGAGUGAAAGACUGAGCAGCAAGUACUGCCUUUGUCUCAUUAGGUGGAUUUGAAUCACUUGGCUCCCUUACACUAAGACUCAUUUUCCCUAAUGUUAUCCAAUUAUCUACUCCCAAUUUUUUGUUUAGUUAGGUAAAAAUAUUCAUUGCUGAUGUUCCAGCAGCUCCUGUAUACAGGCUUCUGAUGCUGGGAAUCGUGUUGCAAGUCACUCUGUGUUGCCAGCCUGCCGCUGCUGGAGGGGCCCAGCUCCCCCAGUGCCACUGUCUGUAGAACACUAAAUUAAUCCUGGCAGUGUUAACAGACGUGUCCUUUUAGGUCUGGUCCCUGUACAAGCUUGCCUCCUGUAUACCGCAAUGCUGCGUUAUGUAUAUGUAGACGUUAUUAAUCAGUGAUUGCGUGUUUAUUAUGAUAAGCCUGUUUUAAGCUCUUGUAGGUAUAAUGAAGUUGAAUAUUGGACUUUUAAAGACACACAGCUAAUUUCAGUCAUGCCAGCCCCAGGGCUGUCUGAGCUGGUAACAAAAUCCCACCUGGUUAAGGGCACAAAUUUAUUUAAUUUUUAGGAUGCCUAAUGCCAGUCUGGGAAACACUUUAAAUCUUUUCUUUAAAAUAAAACUGAGGAUCUGGCUAGACCUGUCGGUGCUGGAGAAACAGCAAGAGAGUGAGAAUGUGUGUGUGUCUGUGUAUGUAUGUGUGUGUGUGUGUUUUCUAGGUAAGUCGGGUUCCUUUGAAGAAAAGUUAGAGAGAAACUCAAAAGUUUUCGUUAACUCUGCACGUGUUUGUGCCUGUGUGUUGCGAGUGCAUGCAUGUAUUUGAGUGCAAACGUGUGUGUGCGCCUGAGUGCACAUUGGAGGAUGUAUCUGUCCGUGUGGAGGAUCCUGAGCACUAUGUGGAAAGGUGAUGCAAACCUUGUAGCAUCUUGAAUCCGUGAUUCAAAGAUUUGCAAAGUGAAUCUGUUCUUCUCUCAGGUUCAGUGGGGAGUGAGUGUGAGUGACUCCCAGAAUCCCAACCCCCAUGUGAGCCCAUGGUCACCAUGGAGACACACUUUUUUUUAAAGAUACGUUUAUAAAGCAGGCCUUCCUGCUGACCUAGCUCACUGUUCAGGGCCAUUCUGCAGCAAGCUUGAAACUCCGUCCACACCCUGCGUAAAAGCAUCCAUGGGAUGAAAGCAGGGUGGCACUGCAGGCAUGUGGGUGAAGGAGGGAAUGCAAGUGGGAAACACAGAAGGAUUUGGCACGGAAUCCGUCUUUUCCUCACCUUCCAGCCACUGGUCAACCUGAUCCAGAGAAUUUUCCCUCCCCGUUUAUAUUUCAUUGCUUCCCAGUGCCCCCUUCGUAUCAACACCCGCCGGCAUAAGCAGGAACUAUCGAGCACUUGUACUGAUUGAGAAUCGGUCAGGUUCUGGUGACCCGCUGUGUGCUUAGUUUGUGUGGGGUCGGGGUAGGUGGUCAGAGAAGGAGUUUCCUGGUGGUCCCAUUAUCUGGCUGAUCUGUCUGCAGACAGUGGGGCAUUGACUGAGCUUGUAGUGAUUUUUGUCACUGACUAUAUUACUGUCUGAAAUGAUGUACUAUUUGCUCUCUCUAAAGCAGGCUUUAAAAAAAUAUUAAUUUUUUUAUACAAGGUGUUUAGACUGUCUUUUUCUCUCUCCAGUGCAGUCCCUCUGAAUGCACAAUGUAAUCUUAAAUGUUGUCUCCACUUAAUAAAAUAAAUGUACUUGUUGCAUAAA